GAGGAGUCCAUGUCGUCUGUGAAUAUCCGCCUACAGCAAACGUCUGUGGGGACGUUAUUGGUGUCUGCUCUGAGAGAUUCGUUUCUAUCGGACUGUGCGAUUUUCAAUGCCGGCGGAAUCCGUGCGAACAAACUGUACGACAAGGGGCGAAGCGUAUUCACAUACGCCGACCUAGAGAAUGAG